AUGGCGAAGGAGUUCACGGAGGCCCUGCUCGGCGCGGCGGAGACGGAGCUGUCUGAGGAACCCCGGAGGCGGCGCACCACGGAAUGGAACAUGACCACCGCGGCACGGACAGCCCUGGCGACCGCCCUUGACAAGCGACGGGCUGCGCGACAUUCCUUCAAGGCCGGACCGAACGCAGCAACGUGGAGGAUCCUCAAAGCAACGUGCAAGGGGGUGAAGGCAACAAUCGCAACGAGCAUCUACGACCACCUGGAAAGAUACGUGACGGAGCUCGAAGCGAUCUACCAGGACCGCGACAUGCGGGGGCUGUACCAACACCUCAAGCGGUCAACGGGCCUCAGCGGGAGACAAGCUGGGGGGCAGCAGUUCGUUACAGACGAGAACGGCGUGCUACUCCGGAACAAGGAUGCCAUCCUCAAGCCAUGGCGGAGAUUCUUCGAUACCCUCCUGAACUCCAAGUCCCCCACUCUGANGACCGCCCUUGACAAGCGACGGGCUGCGCGACAUGCCUUCAAGGCCGGACCGAACGCAGCAACGUGGAGGAUUCUCAAAGCAACGUGCAAGGGGGUGAAGGCAACAAUCGCAACGAGCAUCUACGACCACCUGGAAAGAUACGUGACGGAGCUCGAAGCGAUCUACCAGGACCGCGACAUGCGGGGGCUGUACCAACACCUCAAGCGAUCAACGGGCCUCAGCGGGAGACAAGCUGGGGGGCAGCAGCUCGUUACAGACGAGAACGGCGUGCUACUCCGGAACAAGGAUGCCAUCCUCAAGCCAUGGCGGAGAUUCUUCGAUACCCUCCUGAACUCCAAGUCCCCCACUCUGAACCCAGACGUUGUCGAACAGGUGACGCACACCUGUAGCCAUUCGGCUACCCUGCCAGGGUGGCCGAAUGCCCACCCUGCCAGGGAAGCCGAAAGGACCCACCCUGCAGGCACGUCCCAAACCCAUUCCUGCAGGGUGGCCCGGGGGUAG